CUCCUUCGUGCAGCAAAGAUGGGGAUUCUCCAGCAGGUAUUUUGGCAGCUGCUGCUUUUGGGACUGACAGCUCAGCCCAGUGAAGAGGUAGAAGCUUUGUGUUCUGGGACUACUUGCUACACACUGAAUUUAGGACGGUUCAGUUGGAUCGAAGCUCAGCAAAAGUGCAAAGACAAUGGGGGUAACCUGAUGACUCUGAAAAGCCAAGAGGAGGCUUUGCUUGUCCCACAGCUGCUCACCAAGAUGCCCAAAGGGGAAGCUGGCACAGUUACGGAGGUAAGAUUGUGGAUUGGGCUUCACCGAAAGAAAGGCAAAUGCUAUGAGAAACAUCGGCCAUUGAAGGGCUUCCGCUGGGUGACAGGUGAGGACACCCAGUACUCUAAAUGGGGACAGGAACCCCGGGAAACAUGCUUGUCAAAUAUGUGUGUGACCCUUCAGGGGACUCCCUUCUCAUCUCGGGAACUGUCCUGGGCAGACAGCCUCUGUGGUAAUGCAACUGCCGGGUUGUCAGGCUUCUUGUGCAAGUUCAGUUUCCAGGGAAUGUGCCGUCCACUUAUACUGGCAGGGCCAGGCGUGGUCAGCUACAGCACCCCUUUUGGUGUAGCCACUGAUUUCCUUGAAACUGUACCUUUUGGCUCCGCAGCUGAAGUAGCAUGUGAACCCCAAGGAGAGGAGAUACCUGACACCUUCCUUGUGUGCAAGCCACAGCCAAACAGCAAUAUCUCUGAAUGGAGCAGCCCAGGUCCAUUUUGUGCUUCACCCACUUAUGGUUGCAGCUACAACAAUGGGGGUUGCGAACAUGAGUGCCUGAAUCAGGGCAAGGGUUUGUUUCAAUGUGCAUGCCGCUCAGGAUACCAACUUAGAGGGGAUCACCUUUCCUGUGUCCCUGUGGACUACUGUAGCUCCAAUCCAUGUCAAGGACAGUGUAAACCAUACCCUGGUGGUUUCCAAUGCCUCUGUGCUUCUGGUUAUAUUUUGGCUGAUGAUGAGCGGAGCUGCAUUGAUGUGAAUGAGUGUGGUGCACCUCAAAGUCCUUGUGAACAAAUAUGUGUGAAUACCAAGGGAUCCUUCACAUGUCGUUGCAACCUAGGCUAUAUGCCUGCUGAGUCUGACCACCAGGCAUGCCAAGACAUUGAUGAGUGUGCAAGGAAUACACCAUGUGACCAGAUUUGUGUAAAUACUCAUGGCUCCUUCCACUGCUCUUGCCAGCCAGGAUACCAGUUGGAAGGUAUUAAUAGCUCUUCUUGUCUUGAUAUGGAUGAGUGUCAGGAAGAACUUUGUGAACAUACGUGCAUCAAUCAAGUUGGCAGCUACCUGUGCUCUUGUAUGCCUGGCUGGAUUUUGGCACCUAAUGGUAUCUCUUGUCUCUUGGAUCCGACAAGCAGCAUCUCUUCACCACCCACUGAGGGAGGAGAAUGGAUCCCAACAGACAUUCAUCCUGCUUCAGAGUUACCAGCCCUGCUGACUGAUCCUUCACUUCAAGCCGAGCUAGAAAGAGACUUCGCGUCCCAGGAUUCCACCCUUCAACCAGCUGUGGUCAGCACUGCACUGGAGAACAAACCCCGGAUCAGAGAUCAGAGGAUAGAUAAGGAGAGUCAUGACUCUAAGCAUUUUUUAUAUCAUAUCUUGGGUGGUGUGGGCGUUUUAUUCCUGGUGUCUUUUGCCCUAGGUUGGGUCAUCUACAGGAAAAUAAAAGCCAAGGAAGUCAAGAAAAAUUCUAAGAAUGUCACAGAUAAUUACUCUUGGGUACCAGAUCAGGGAGAGAGCAGGGCAGCAGGAAGCAAGGAGGGCUUGUAGUCAAUGAUGUGAUUUUGGUGUGAGAAGGAAGGA